AUGUUCGAGCGGAGGAUCAAUGCCAUGCAGACCAUUGGCAUCAACAAGGAGGACCUCACUGAAGUGUUCCACAUGGUCGCAGCAGUACUCAAUCUGGGCAACGCAAAGUUCGAUGCUCCACCCAACAACAGCGAGGGCUCUAUGGUCAUGGCGGAAUGCGCCAACAGUGUCGCCAUGGCGGAGAAAUUGCUGGGCAUCAAGAGUGGGGAGCUGGAGAAAGCUCUGUGCAACCAGACGCGCGUGACCCGUUCCGAGAGGAUUCGCAGCCCAGUGAAUGUGCGGCAGGCCGCUGACAAUCGGGAUGCCUUGGCUAAAGCUUUGUAUGGAAUUGUCUUCAACUUCAUAGUGUACAGUACCAACCUCUCCAUCGGUUACAUCGAUGACGUGAAAUUGUUUGUAGGAGUGCUGGACAUUUUUGGCUUCGAGUGCUUCAAGAUGAACUCAUUUGAACAGUGGAUGCCACAGACGUUGUGCAUCAACUUCACCAAUGAAAGGCUGCAGCAGUUCUUCAACUCCUUUGUCUUCAAAUUGGAAGAACAGCUUUAUGAGCUGGAAUCCAAAGAGAUGUCUCAGAAGUCUUGCUGUGCCAAAGCGGAAGUGGUUGUGAUGCGAUGCUGGAUGAGGAAUGCCUCGUGCCGAACGGCUCUGACCAAGGCAGCUCAAUCUCCAGAGCGAGGGCAUUCCAGUGCAAAGGCAGCUGCCAAGCACAGGUCAGAAACAGCAGCAAAGAAGAAACAAGAGCUGCAGCCAAGAACAGUUGAGCACCGCGGCAAGCAACGCGCAGCUGUUGCAGAAGCCUGGAAAGUAAAACAGAGGUACAACAUUGCCUUCCAGUCAUCCAUGCUUGUUGUCAUGGGCCAGCAGUCUGCUGGCAAAACAUCAUUCAUCGAACGCUACUUGAGCUACGCCUACAGCGAGGUCAAGCGUGGCAUGGGCACCAUGCGGCCGGCAGUUCUAACUUGCCUUCCACAGGAACCCCACUUGGACGACGUCAUUGAGGUCGCAGAGGAGCUUGAAACAGGUGGCCAGAGCCAAGUGGAAAGGUUUGAGGGUAGCGCAGCCCGCACCUACCUUCAGAAUUGGACCAUUGAGAAGAACAGGAUUGGGAAGCCAAGCAAGAAGAAACUCCUGAUCACUAUAUUCUCGAAGGAGUGCACGACUCCUAGGCGCAUCAUGGACAUGCCUGGCAUCCGCUCCAAUGACGAAGAUGGCAACGAAGGUUUCAAUGAUGCCAUUGUGGAGAUGGUCUUGGAGGAGUUGAAGAAACCAGAUUCCAUUGUUUUGUCCUUGGCAGACGCCAACAAUGAACCAACCCUUGAUCAAUUGGUCACUCUCCUCAAGAAGCAUCGUGCCAUACUCCACCAGGUGAACCUUCACAAGCGCUUCCGGUUGGUCUUAACCAAAUCGGACCAAUGGUUCCGGGGCAUCAGUGGAGGAAAGAAGGUGCAGGAACACUUGCGAUCCUGGCAAAAUGAGCUGUUCGGCUUUGAGCCCAUGCUCAUUGGCUCCACACUCGAUCCAAAGCAGGCGGACGAAAGCCCUGAAAGUCGCACGCUGCAGUACAAGACAGCAGAUGAAAGAGAGGCGAAGAGUGUGCAAGAAUUUUGGGAUGAGUCGUUAAAAGGUGAACUGGAACAGGACAAGGCCUUUGUGAAGUAUUGGGAUGAAAAGGUCGGCUUCAAAAAGGUUGUGCAGAUUGUUGAGGACCAUGCGUUGGACAUGGAUUUGGAAAAAGUCACGGUGAUGAUGCGAGAGAUUCAGCUUCAUCAAGAUGAUGUGAAGGUCCAAAGUCAGAAGAUUGAGGUUGAUUUGAGGAACAGUGACUCUCAGCAGCUCAGGUAUCAGGGCUCAUUGCUUGUGUCCGCUCUGGUGGGAGACACGAAGCGCUUUUCCACAGCUUCGACAGGUGCAGGUGCUGAGCUGUUCUUGUCGCACAGUGACACCCUAAAGGAGAACGCCAAGACAUUGGAGGAGGAAGAAGCUGACUUUGAAGCAAAGCGGAGCGAAUAUUCACCCGAUGCAAUGCACAAUGCUUUUGAGACUUCUGUAGGACGCACCAUUGACUACACCAGAUCAGACGAGCAUGCCCCUGGCAAUUUUGAGGAGUUCUACAAGGAGAUCAAGGAAGACAAGGCUUUCAUGACCAGUGCCCCGUUGAGUGCAAGCCGACUGACUGCUGGUGCCGCUGGCUAUCGGGCGGGGCAGUUCUUUGAACGCAUGGUCUUGCGAUUCAUGCACCCCGAGCCAGAAGAUCGUGAUCGCAUCAACUGUGCCGGUGCAGUGAACACUGACUUCAUGUUCUUGGACGAUGAACUUACUCGGGUCUUGAAAGUAUUGCAAAUCAAGGCAGCAAAACUCCGAGAAAUUGCGCUGUACUUUGUGCAAAAGACUUCUCACAUGCAGAUGAUGUGUUUUUCCUAUGCGUGGAGCAACAUGCUCCGGAAGAAGCAGUUUCGACCUUUCAUCGAAUCCCUGGCCGCUGUGGCGGGUGAAGAUCGGGUCUAUGAGACUUUGCGCCUUGGCUUUCACAAGCAGCUUCUGGUGCAUGCUCAAAAGGCCUACACGGACUGA